AUGCCGAAUGCGCCCCCAAAGCCCCUUUCUAGUCCCUACAGCGGUUGUUCUGGUCUUUGGCCGAUCAACCUACUGAUUCUACUUGAAAUAAGGAUCAAGGUGGAUUCAUUGACAUUACUCCCACUCGGUAGUGUUUCGAGGCAAGACAAGGCUAACCGCGAACGUGUUGGCAUAGAUCCCAGAUACUUAGUCCGUAACAAAAUUAUGUUUCAGCUGUUACGUCACUGUCUAAGUUACGCCAACACCGCAAUUAUCGUUAAAUAUCUGUUUCUAUUUGAAGCUUUGGGUCAUGCAGUAUCCGCCGCCUGGAAGUUAGAAAGAACUCCACACGCCAUUUCAAGUUCGUGCACUUCAUCUGGAGAAUCCAAAGUUAGCAGACAACACCCCGCUGAUCAUUGGGCCAUCCCACAUCCCACACAGACCACUGACGGCUAA